AUGGCUUCUGUUCAGUCGACAUGGCUUUAUCCGAUUAUGGCUGCAAGUUGUACAGUUUGGGUGCACUUUUCCCAUGACUCACCACGACUGGUCGACCUUGUCCCGCUUAAUCCUUUAAUGACCUCUCCGCCUUGGAUGUUGAGACGAACAUUCGGAAUGGAAUUGCUCUUUACGACAUUGGACUCUCUCCGCGCUGAAAACAUUGCAACUUUGCGGUUGAGAUCAUUUACUUUAACGACCCUUUUGCUUUGGAUAUUGGCACUUCCCCGCAGUAGCGUCAAAAUAGUAUGCGCAUUUCGCUUCUAA